UCGUAAGAGCAGCUGCAGGGAAGGCAGCGGAGCGGCCCCCAUGGAGCCCCGAGAGUUGUUGCCAUUGUGGAACUUCUCGAUGCUGCCGCCUGGUGACUCCAUGUGGAACAGGAGCAAUGUGACCUCCGGCUGUUCAGAGAGUGCCGAUUUCCAGUACCUCCUCUUCCCUGUGGCCUACAGCCUGGUCUUUGUCCUGGGCCUCACUGGGAAUCUCUUUGUGUUGGGCUACUUCCUUCGCACCAAGUCAGCGACUGCCCCAGCCAAUGUCUUCCUAGUCAACCUGGCCACCAUUGACCUCCUCUUUGUUCUGACCUUGCCCUUUCGCAUUGCCUACCACAGCCUGCAUAAUGACUGGAUCUUUGGGGAGGCCCUCUGCAAAAUCACUGGCUGCCUGUUCUUCGCCAACCUGUACGGGAGCUCCCUGUUCCUCGCCUGCAUCUGCCUGGAGCGCUACGUGGCUGUGGUGCACCCGCUGCGGCAUCUGCAAUUCCGGCAGCUCCGCUACCGUGUGGUGGCUGUGCUGGUGGUGUGGGCAGUGCUUGUCACAGCCAUUCUGUACCUGGCGCUCCGUGGGCCCCUGACCAGCUCUUUUGCUGACGGCCGCACAGCCUGCCUGGAGAACUUCUCCUCCAGCUCCUGGAAGGGGCGCAUCUCUUCUGUCAGCAUCUUCGCUGCUGUGGUUGGAUUCCUGCUGCCACUCAUCCUGAUUGGGGUGUGCUAUCCACUGAUCGCUUGGCAGCUGUUGGCAUCCCCAGGAAUGCAGCCUGGAUCACGUGCAGUGAAACGCAAGGCACUGCGGACCGUGCUGGUGGUCCUGGCGGUCUUCCUAGUCUGCUUUGCUCCCUACCAUCUGGUGCAGCUGGUGCACACACUUGGCCGGGUGGGCAUUCUGGGUGGCUGCCCACUCAUUCGUGCCACCUAUAUUGCCAGGCGCGUCACCAUGGCACUCACCAGUGUCAACGCCUGUCUCGAUCCUCUGGUCUACUACUUUGCUGCAGAGCGCUUUGCUUGGCAACCAGACUGGUGUAAAUGUGGCUGUUGGUGCCACCCACAAAAGUCCCAAUGGCCCUUGCGCCUCCGUGUGCUCUCUCCCAGUAAAGGACCUUCCUCUGGAGAAAGCACCACCAGGCCUGGCCCAGAGCACUUAGAGGACUCUCAGCCACCAUCGUCCCCACUGGCCAUCUGAGCAGCAGUUGCUUACUCUCUUCUGCUGGAGAUGACCCACCUUGGCCAUGGUCAUUACGCAUGUGAGCUACUGAGAGAGAAGAUGUGGAUGCAGAGGCAUAGCAAGGGCAUUGGGGGUGGGGCUGUGUCUCCCCCCCUCCCGUGAAGUGC